GCGCGUCGCGAGGCGCGCUUCCGGCGUCCGGCGUCGCGUCCCGGCGAGCGGAGGGCGGCCCCGAGGCGCGGCGGGCACCAUGUUCCUGACCGCGCUCCUGCGCCGCGGCCGUAUCCCCGGCCGGCAGUGGAUCGGGAAGCACCGGCGGCCGCGGGCCGUGUCGGCGCAGGCGAAGCAGAACAUGCUCCGCCGCCUGGAGACCGAGGCGGAGAACCACUACUGGCUGAGCCGGCCCUUCCUCACGGCCGAGCAGGAGCGCGGCCACGCGGCGGCCCGCAGGGCGGCGGCCUUCGAGGCGCUCAAGGCGGCGCAGGCGGCCCGCUUCCCCGCGCACCGGCGGCUGGAGGAGCAGCUCGGCCACCUCGGCGUCACCGCGAAGUGGUCCUGACCCCGCGGAGGCCCGGCCCGCGCCCUCCGGCGCCUGCAGUCUGGUCGGGCGUCCCUCCGCCCCCCUGGGGCGCUACGGGCAUCGCGGGCCGCACCGCCGCUGCACCGUGCCGCGCGGACGGCGCUGCAGGGCAGCUGCGGACGGUGCUCUGGCGUCUGUGCUUCAGUGCGGGACUCCUGCCGGGGGCUUCAGGACACGUUCGUUCGCUUGCCUUCUGUCAACAGGGAUUGCUUAAACGUAAAUGAAAAAAUGAGAUCUUUCAAUUAAAUAUUCCUAAAAAUAGCGUUUUCUGGUUUGCUACUCAAAGCGGACAAUUGAAAGUUGUUUAUUUUGGGGGAGUUCUCUGGCCUGGGGACUCGGAUCCUUCAAGCCCGGCGGCGCAGCCAAAGAAAACACCACCAGCACCUCCCCCCCCCCCCCC